UGCAGGUUCGUAAGAGGAGGGAUUAUGAUGUUAUCAGUGUGGGAUGCUGACAUCUGAAUUCACAAAGGUGAGGGCCUAACGGGGAACCUUUCGCCCACUGAAGCCUUCAUUACACCACAUAAGGGUUUUUGCUGCUGCGGCAAUUGAAGAAAUGUGGUAAAGUCAAGUUACCAUAGUUUAGGAAAUAUUGGGAUAUAGAUAAUGGGCUGUGUGCAAUGCAAGGAUAAAGAAGCAACCAAACUGACAGAUGAAAGAGAUAACAGUUUAACGCAGAGCUUAGGAUAUCGCUAUGGGACAGACCCCACCCCGCAGCACUACCCUAGCUUCACUGUGACCACCAUUCCAAACUACAAUAACUUCCAUGGGACUGCAGGGCAGGGACUUACAGUCUUUGGAGGCGUGAAUUCUUCGUCACACACAGGAACAUUGCGUACAAGAGGUGGGACAGGAGUAACGCUUUUUGUAGCGCUUUAUGACUACGAAGCAAGAACGGAAGAUGACCUAAGUUUUCAGAAAGGGGAAAAGUUCCAGAUACUUAAUAGCUCUGAAGGUGAUUGGUGGGAAGCUCGAUCUUUGACAACUGGUGGAACAGGUUAUAUCCCAAGUAACUAUGUGGCACCAGUGGAUUCCAUUCAAGCUGAAGAAUGGUACUUUGGUAAACUGGGCAGAAAAGAUGCAGAGAGACAGUUGCUAUCCUUUGGAAAUCCAAGGGGUACUUAUUUAAUACGUGAAAGUGAAACCACCAAAGGUGCCUAUUCAUUGUCUAUUCGUGACUGGGAUGACAUGAAGGGAGAUCAUGUCAAGCACUAUAAGAUCCGGAAACUUGACAAUGGCGGUUAUUACAUCACGACUAGGGCUCAGUUUGAAACCCUACAGCAGCUGGUUCACCAUUAUUCAGAGAGAGCUGCUGGUCUCUGUUGCCGCUUGGUAGUACCAUGCCAUAAAGGAAUGCCAAGGCUCACUGACCUGUCUGUCAAAACCAAAGAUGUCUGGGAAAUCCCAAGAGAGUCUCUCCAGUUGAUCAAGAGACUGGGAAAUGGGCAGUUUGGGGAAGUAUGGAUGGGUACAUGGAAUGGAAACACCAAGGUGGCGAUAAAGACAUUGAAGCCAGGGACCAUGUCUCCAGAGUCUUUCCUGGAAGAAGCUCAGAUAAUGAAAAAACUGAAACAUGACAAACUGGUGCAGCUCUACGCAGUGGUCUCUGAGGAGCCCAUCUACAUUGUCACAGAGUACAUGAGCAAAGGAAGCUUGCUGGAAUUCCUGAAAGAUGGAGAAGGACGAGCUUUGAAGUUGCCAAAUUUAGUGGAUAUGGCAGCCCAGGUUGCAGCUGGCAUGGCUUAUAUUGAACGAAUGAAUUAUAUACACAGAGAUCUGAGGUCUGCAAAUAUUUUGGUCGGAAAUGGCUUAAUCUGCAAAAUUGCAGACUUUGGGCUUGCCAGAUUAAUUGAAGACAAUGAAUACACAGCAAGACAAGGUGCAAAGUUCCCCAUAAAAUGGACAGCUCCAGAGGCAGCUUUGUAUGGAAGGUUCACUAUUAAAUCAGAUGUGUGGUCUUUUGGCAUCCUACUGACGGAACUGGUAACAAAAGGAAGAGUCCCUUAUCCAGGUAUGAAUAACCGUGAGGUGUUGGAACAAGUAGAGCGUGGCUACAGAAUGCCAUGUCCCCAAGACUGUCCAAAUUCCCUGCAUGAGUUAAUGCUUAACUGCUGGAAAAAAGACCCAGAGGAGCGCCCCACUUUUGAGUACCUGCAAGGUUUCCUGGAAGACUACUUCACUGCCACUGAACCCCAGUAUCAGCCCGGAGAUAACCUGUAAAGUUACGCCUGCACCAAGCCAUUGCCAGGUUCAAGCCCUAGAAAUUGCUUCCAGUAAAAUGACUGCCUUCUUCAAGGAGCUGUAUCUUCCAGUGUGGGGUUGCACACAAGUGUGAAGCUCUGGACUUCAAGGAUCCUCUUUCAUGGCCACUUAUUAUAAUAAUCUGAAUGUCCACUUUGAAAAACAAUAAAACAAGGGACAAAGGAAAACAAAUUCUCAAGCAAAGACUUUGAUGAUGGAUUGUAUUGAUGUUAUGUAAACUGCAAAACCUCUGUUUGCUGUAAAUAUUAACUCUGUGCCAAUUCCCAAUAUUUAGAGUUUUCCAUUUUUUUAAAGCAGGAUCCAUGAAAUUUUAACCAAUGUUCAUUUCAUUCUACAAGUAUUUACAAAAGUGCCCUCCCUAAAAUCUAGAUGCCGUUUUUUUCCCUCUUUUGGUUUGCUUUUGGUACAUAUUCCUGUAAGUCAUUGUUUUCCAAACCAGUCCUCGUACAACUAACGGUUCAUGUUUUCCAGAUCUCUUAACAGAAGAGCGGGUGACAUAAUUAGGGCAUCUCGGUAACAGUACCGUUAAUUAAGACACCAGUGCACCAGUCCAGUAGUCUGG